AUGUCGUCAAAGAAGUAUGUGAAGAUGCUUGACAUCAGAUGUACGUCAAGUUGAAAGAGAUUUUUUGGCGUAAAAAGUAUUUUAUUGUAGUUUAAUUGUUUAUCUUAAAAAAAAUCUGCUUUAAUGUUUUUAGUAUCAUCUUGACGUACAUUUUAUAAUCUAUAAGAAAUGCUUGAUUUGCCAUUUUAGACAUGUUAAUGCUGAUGCAUUCGGAUUCGACAAGUCUGACGAUGAAGAUGAAGAUUGUGAAUCCCAGCCAUCUUCUAGCACAGAAAAACCAGCUGCCUUAAGCCGCCCAAAGAGAGCCAUGAUCGACUUGAAGGAAUCGAAGGACGAAUAUGAUUUUAGUAGUCAUGUGAAACGAUCUAAGAAAGAUAUGGUGCCAUCUUUAAAGAACUGUAAGUUAGUUUUGUAAAGUUGUAGGGUAAAUCAGUUAAUAAUGUCGUGUAUAUAUAAAAAUGGCGUUAUUCUUUGAUUUACUCUAUGUUUCUGUUUUUAGUUAGAAAGCAACUCGUUGUUACUCGAUCUGUUGGGAGUUAUGCUCAUAAAUGGAGCGAGGGAACAGUUGAAACCACAGAGGAAACAACUGUAAUUUCUAUGAGAAGACAAAUUAAGAGAGUAAAUGGCGAGAAGAAUGAAGCUCAACAUCCAGGGUCUUCAGUUCCAAAUAAGACAGAAGAUCUCUUCAAGGUACCAACAUUCCCAGCUAAAAUACGAACUGGUAAUAUUUCUUCUAAAGCGACAGUUCCUAUGUUUGUCCCGAAACAAAAAGCUGUUCCAUUGGAGAAUCAAGCUGAGAAAGACGAUUUUGACUACUUCAUGGAGACUUUGGAGGAAAAAAAUGUUGAACUUAGGUUAAAAGAACUCAGUUUCAAUGGACUGGUUAACAGAUGUGUUAGUUACAGAUUCAGGAACUACCUCAGAAGUCAUUCUCUUGCAUUUGAUAGGAUUGUGGCUGUCAUGAAAGACAACAAGGACAGUAAAGUACGGUUUUGUUUCAUUUUUUAGUUUUCUUAUAGCGGAUAUAUUCGAAAUUAUAACUUUCUUAUUUAAAUUUUGGGUAUUUUUUAACCUUAUCUACAAAAUAUUAGUUUAUACGUUUAGGACAUUAGUCUGCUGGGAGCUGUUAUGUUCUACAUUAUGUCCCGCGAUCGUAAUGACUUUCCCAAAAACAAGUUUGUCAUGUCUAUCUUGGUUGAUAUGAUUAAACGAGGUAACGCAGUCGAGAAUGAGGAAACUAGGAAAAAAGCCUGGACCGUUAUGGAAGCUUGGCAUAAGAAGAUUACUCGGAAGUCAACUUGUGACUUUGACGAGAAUACGAUCAAUUGUGAAAACGUCGCCAUUGUCACUCUCGACUACCUCGCCUGUAGAAAUGGAGCUCGGAAUAGUGAUGUACAUGAUGGGUUAAGAGCUGGAGGAGCAUUUCCAUAUUUGGUUGGUAAAGGUGAGUCACUUUUUGUUUUAGCAAUAAUUAAUUCAGACUGUAUUGUUUUUACGUUUGUUAAAUUUAUUUUUGAUAUUAACUAUUAAAAUACAUUGUUUCAGUUCAUUCUUUGGUGAACAUCAUUAUUGCUCAACAGGAGUCAACGGAUAAAAACUUGUUUUACCACUACGGUCAACUUGAACAUCUUUUUCGCGUGCACGAGCUUGUAAGUGCGGGGAUUGCAAUUAUACUUAUUUGGUAAUAUUUACAUUUAUAUAUUGCUUUUAGUUGUUCAUGAACAAGGAUGCUCAGAACACGAUUACUGGUAUAAACAAUGGCGAGUUCUUCAGUGCUAUCGACCGGUUUGUGGAUUUUAUGAUCACAGCCAUAGACAGAGAUGACACGCGGGAACGUAUCAUACAGACCUAUUUCUUGGCCAUGAGGGCCACACUGAAUGCCUGUUUGAAAAACGGUAAUGUUUUAAGGCUUUAUAUGGCAUAAUGAAACAAAGAAAAAUCUCGGUCUUGCUUUAAAUAAUUUUUUUGUUUCAGAUAUCUGUAUUGGCCGGGUCGGUGGUAUUGGUCAAUUACUAAAGAACACGGUCGUCAUUUUGUGUGAUACAAUUGUAAAAUACGACACAGAAAAGUUCCACGACAUUAGGACACUAGUACGUUUUUAAAGUUUUAUUUACUUUGGCACUUACGAUUGUCCUUCCUUGUAUUUUCGUAUAUUUAUAACACUAUAUUUAAGAAAAAACGGUUUUAGUUAGCAUGUCUGCUCAUUGUUCUGACUGAAUCUAGUCCUAGAAACCGAAGGAAGCUGUUGAACAUGAAAAUUACUACUAAAGAGAACGAACUGUGUGUUAUGAAGUUACUAACCCAGCUUUAUAACGAACACGAGACGAAAGCCAUAGAAUACGAUGCCAAAUUGAAUGAGAAGUUUAUGGAGGAGAUUCCAUUGGAAAACAAUGAAGAAGGUGAUGGAGAUGAAGUUAUCGAAGAGCGGGACAGUAAUGAAGAAGAAGACCUUGGUCCAGAAGAAAUCUUACACAGGAUUAACCAAGCGACUAAAGGCAUCAACAAGGAUAAGAUGGCUAAUGCGUAUGCUACUGUAAUGGAGAUGGCCGAAUGUCAUAUGAAUGACAGUUUUGUGGCAUCGUACGUGGCUUUGCUUAUUGGUGUUCUCAUUAACAACAACAGAGAUGUGGCCGAUCAAGUAAAGCAAUACACUACUAACAAGAACUUUGCGAGCAUCAUCGACCAACUCAAGAGAUUCUUCGAAUUCUCUAAGGUUUCUGUAAGUUAAUAUUGCGAUGGAUAAGAUUGUUACCUAAAAUGGUUUAUUAUGUUGAUUUAACGGAUUUUUUUCAGAAAAUGAGCGAAGUUACAAGUAUAGAACGUGCCAUUAAGACUUACGAAACUUUUAACGAAGACGACUAG